GUUGUUGUGAGACGAUGGACGUUAUUUGUGCUGUGUCAGAUUGUGUCUGUGCUCGCAAACCUUCUUUUGGCGUAAUUAUAACUUACCAGUGUGUAAAGAUAUAUUUUACUGUUUGCAGUGAUUGCACAUGUUUUCUUUACUCAAGAAGAUCAUGAAGCAGGAAAUAGCGGGCCCUUAUUGGUGACUAUCUACCUUGUGGGAAAUAUCAAGGCAGUUUCAGACCAACUUCACCGAGGUAUAGGCCAUCAAUUGGCAUUGUGUCAGUUCAGAUUAACUUCAUCUAGUCAUAGGCCUACAAAUGGCAUUGUAUUAGUUUCAGACCAACUUCAUCUAGGCAUAUGCCUACAACUGGCACUGUGUCAUUUUUAACCAUCAUCUAGGCAUAGGCCUACAAUUGUCACUGAGUCAGUUUCAGACCACAUUCAUCUAGGCAUAGUCCUACAAUUGGUAUUAAGACAGCUUCAGACCACAUUCAUCUAGACAUAGGCCUACAUAGUGUCAAAUUGAACACCCUUCAACUGGGCAUUGACUUACAAGUGGCAUCAUCGGACAGGCAUAGUCCUACAAUUGGUAUUAAGACAGCUUCAGACCACAUUCAUUUAGACAUAGGCCUACAUAGUGUCAAAUUGAACCAACUUCAACUGGGCAUUGACUUACAAGUGGCAUCAUCGGACAGGCAUAGGCCUACAAUUGGUGUUUCGUGGACUAUUACGAAUGUUCCUUGCAUGCAAAUGUAUGAGGCCUGUAUUAGAGAUGUGAGCGUCUCGCCAACUUUUAUCCGUGAUUCGGCCUACUUACUCAAUAUUUUGAAGAAACUCUCAGAGGGUGUAACAAGAAGUUUGAGCCUAAAGAUGUUGAAGACGUUGUUCGUCCUGGUGUCAUCUGCUCUCUGGCUGGCAGAAACGUUGCCCUCUCCCGCAGGAGAUGACGUCCUUGACGCCUGGAAGGAAGGACUCCCCGAUACUGAAGGCACCGUCGAUCAAGAUAAUCGCAAGGACAAAUUCAUAGCCUUGCUCCAGAUCUCCCCCUACGAAUGCACGACCACCGAUGGACUCACUGGGACCUGUUUUCCUUCGGGAACUUGCAAAAUCAACGGCGUGUCCGCAGGUUCAUGCGCCAAAGGAUUCGGUACAUGCUGCCAGAUCCAGAAGACGUGUGACACCACCUCCAUCUUUGACAACACUUACUUUACCAACCCGAGUUACCCGAAUUCCGACACGGAUUCUGGAGUGUGCAUGAUCAGCAUUUAUAGGGCCAGCAAGGACAUCUGUCAGAUGAGACUCGACUUCAACAACUUAGAACUGGCUCAGCCUGACUCGGACGGCAAUUGCAACACAGAUUUCCUGACGGUGACUGGAGGCACCUCCUCUACACCCACCAUCUGUGGCACAAACUCUGGACAACACAUAUACGUCGACGUGGACCCCAACAGCACUGGGGCACUAAAGGUCACAGUUGACCGCUCGACGUCCACGACCUCAAGGAAAUGGAACAUCAAGGUCAAACAGAUACCCUGCACCUCGACUGACCGCGCUCCCAGUGGAUGCCUCCAGUAUUACACAGACACUUCAGGCAACGUCCAGAGUUUCAACUUCCAGAGCAAAAUCACAGAAGGUACGCCCCAGAUAGCUAACCAGAACUAUGGUGUGUGUAUAAACAUGGCCACUGGAUACUGUGGUGUUAUAUGGGAAAGAAACACUACUUCUGGCAACAGUGGCUUUACUGUAUCAUCCAACAGAGGUGCCGUGAAUCCAAACAUUAUUGGUACACCAGACGCUGCUGAGUACGGUACAGAUUGCACCACUGAUUACGUCAUCAUACCAGGCGGUGUGGACAACCUUGGUCAAGCUCAAGACCGGUAUUGUGGUCUUGGAUUUCCUCAGAUGGUUACAACCACGGAGAAGCCCUUCGUGCUGUACGUCGUGACGGACGCCAACGAAACUCCUGAUAAGCCCAACGGGGCCAUCGGAACGAAUAGUGGAUUUUCCCUCGACUAUCGAAGGUCUUCUUCCGUGCCAGAAGACAAUGAAGGUAAGGUGAUAUGUGUAGCGGCAAAGGCUCUCAUAGUUAGAGAUGCCCUCGUAUCAAACCGCGAUCAGUCAGCUUCUCGUGUUCGUGUGACUCUUAACCCCAUCGAAUGUAACAUUACUUAUCUUAUAUCUUGGAUAUUUUCACGUCAUUGCAACUGCGCAAUUGAGUCGGAAAGAGAAAUACAUAAGGGAAUGAACGAAGAGCAUUGUCAAAGACCAUUGUCGGGCGGUAGUUUGCUUCCCCAUCGUCCACCAGUUAUAUUCCAAAAAUAUAUAUCCUUGGGGGUAAUUGCCUUGCUGUUCGUCGUCCUGGUGUCAGCAGCCCCACAGCCGGAAGAUGAACAAAUUCUUGAACGGAAAGAAGAGCAGAAAGAGGAACAGAAAGAACAAGAAACAGAGAACGGCGAAGCGGCCGAGAGGGAUGACAAAGUCUUCAUCGCCCUCAUCCAAGUGCCCCAAGACGAAUGCGUAACUGACGACAGUGAAGCGGGCACUUGCAUGCCCUCCUACGAGUGUACGAAGCGCGGAGGCGUUGCAGCGGGCAGCUGCGCCAAGAACUUCGGCACUUGUUGUUUAAUUGAGAGAGCAUGUGGCAGCGAAACGACCUUGAACAACACGUACUUCGUCAACCCAGCCUCCGGCACCACUUCCGACGAACUGGGCAAAUGCAGCCUCACAGUCAACCGUAUAUCCUCCUCCAUCUGCCAGAUUCGGCUAGACUUCAAGUCGUUCUCGCUCUCACAGCCAAAUGAAGACGGCACUUGUGCUGACGAUUCCUUCACCGUAACUCAUGUCAAUACCGCUCCGCCUGCAAUAUGCGGUGAUAACAAUGGUCAACAUAUGUAUCUGGACGUUGAACCUAACGGUGGUGCUAUAGAGUUAGCAGUGGACAGAUCCACAACGCAGACCAGCCGAACCUGGACCAUUAAAGUGACUCAGAUCUCUUGCGAUUCUAAAUACAGAGCUCCACCAGGAUGCCUCCAGUAUUACACGUCAACGUCAGGAAUUGUCAAAAGCUUCAACUACAAGGAACCCACGGUCACGCCCCCCACCCAGCCAGCCAACAGACAGAUUAAAAACCAAAACUAUGGAGUCUGCAUUAAGAAAGCACCCGAAUAUUGUGGCAUCACAUGGUCCAGAGAUACAGCCUCUGAUUACAGUUUCACGGUAUCUGCAGAUGCAGCAGCUCUUUAUACUGGUCUUAUAGGUAGACCAGAAGCAAGUUCUAAUGGCACUGAAAGCUGUACCACUGACUAUGUGAUAAUACCUAAGGGCAAGGGGGCUGAUACUAUGGAAGACGUCGACCGUCUUUGUGGUCUUGGAUUUCCUACUUCUGUAACAAGUACAGCGAUGCCGUUUAUGAUGUCUGUUGUGACAAAUAGCAAUGAAACGGGCGACGGGGGAAAUAUAGGAUUCAAACUGAAUUACCGUCAGACUAUUGACUGUGCUUAGACCAGGGUUUUUUCCAACACCUAAGUCAUGGCUCUUGGACUCGAGAGUUAAAAACACAAGUGCGCCGGACCAUCAACUUUGUUAAACGCAGAUUUUUCCCAUGCUUGAGCAAUAAGGCACUGAGACUGCUAAGACAUUCAGCAUUAUUAUCACGUAUUUUGCUUUAACCCAGAUUUUCCAUAGUUUCCAAGCAAGAUGAGAGGAAUCCUAGGAUAAGACACCAAACACCUUUUCCAUCCGACCAUCGACUACUUAGAAUCAGAUUUGCCCAAAUGUCUCAAGCUAAAACAGACUUCCAUUACACUCAGAUCACUGGCUUUACUCAUAUUUGGAUCAUCACCAGUACAUAAUCCACAUGAUACCCGUGCUUUACUUUUGAACACAAAUUUUUGUCUUAUGGCUUAAACACAGUUAUGGUACCUUGUUGAAAAGGCUCACGAGCAAAUCUAAUGGAAUCCACCAAACUUUGUACCCAGUAGCCAGAUUGGUAGCAAAAUCAAAGCCUGAUCUUGCUUCUGUAACAUUAAAAACAUAGUUACUGGGUGCAAAGUUUGCCAUCAAGAUAAUAGAAUAUUCCAGAAAAUGCGUUUUCAUCACACCACCUUUAAAAAGCAUUCGAAAAGAUCUUCAUGUGACAUUGCCUUAAAAAAAUCAUACGCUCAGUUAUGAAUCGGCCUUUUCUGCCACAAUAUACAACACAAGUUUUCGGGCAAAUGUUCUUUCAUAUCACUCUUCAUUUGCAUCAGAAUUCAUAUAUUUUAUGACCGUCAUUCACGAUGUAUCAUCACCACUUACAGCCAAUACUCCGAUGGCUGUUGAUUUCUAAUAGCCAUCAUCACUGUUGUUACUACUGUCACUAUUUCUAUUGUCGUUGUUGCUAAUAUUAAGGACUUGGUUAUUGACGUCGCUUCAUAAUUUCUCAAUAAAAUGCUUAAUGAUUUCUCAAUAAUAUGCUCUUGGUGCUUGUUAAAAGCAAGCAAAUGCUCAGGAACCCUGUGAUUUCGAUGAUCUAGUUCUUGCUAAAUUACACUCUCAUCUUGAGACCAAUUUUUGUGUGAAUGAUCAUAUUUAUUAAGAAUCUUCUGUUACCUAUCAAAGUUUUGCUUUACAAACUUGUUUGUAUGUGAAUGCUCAGUAAAUUUACAAAAAGA